GUGGCCUGCGGCUUCCCGGCCAGUAGCGCCGCUCUCGGUUGCGCGGGCCGCUAGUGUGGGGACCGUCGGGUCGCGGGCGCUUGCGGCUGGCCACAACUCGGCGCCGAGACCGUCAGCCCCGGAGCGUCCAGCAUGGACUUCGAGGACGAUUAUGUACACUCUGCUUGCAGAAAUGCUUAUCAGGGCUUUAAUGGAAUGGAUCGUGAUUAUGGCCCUGGAUCUUAUGGAGGGAUGGAUCGUGACUAUGGCCAUGGAUCCUAUGGUGGUCAAAGAUCCAUGGAUUCCUACCUAAGCCAGUCAUAUGGCAUGGACAAUCACAGUGGUGGUGGUGGGGGUAGCAGGUUUGGACCUUAUGAGUCUUACGACUCCAGGUCUUCUCUGGGUGGGCGAGAUCUGUACAGAUCUGGCUAUGGUUUUAAUGAACCCGAACAAAGCCGCUUCGGAGGUAGUUAUGGUGGUCGAUUUGAGAGCUCCUACCGGAAUAGCCUUGACUCUUUCGGAGGUAGAAACCAGGGCGGGUCUAGCUGGGAAGCACCUUACUCCCGUUCAAAAUUGAGGCCUGGGUUUAUGGAGGACAGAGGAAGAGAGAAUUACUCUUCCUACAGCAGUUUUUCUUCACCCCAUAUGAAGCCUGCACCUGUAGGCUCUCGGGGGAGAGGAACGCCUGCUUAUCCUGAAAGUACGUUUGGAAGCAGAAACUAUGAUGCUUUUGGAGGACCAUCAACAGGCAGAGGCCGAGGCCGAGGACAUAUGGGUGAUUUUGGAAGCAUUCAUAGACCUGGAAUUGUUGUUGACUAUCAAAACAAACCCUCCAAUGUCACGAUUGCUACUGCAAGAGGAAUAAAAAGAAAAAUGAUGCAAAUAUUUAAUAAGCCUGGGGGAGCCUUUAUCAAGAAACCUAAGCUAGCAAAACCUAUGGAGAAGAUGAACCUCAGCAAAUCACCUACAAAAACUGAUCCUAAAAGUGAAGAAGAAGAAAAGCGACGGAUUGAGGCUCGUCGAGAGAAGCAGAGGCGUAGAAGAGAGAAAAACAGUGAAAAAUAUGGAGAUGGAUACAGGAUGGCAUUUACGUGUUCGUUUUGUAAAUUUCGAACCUUUGAAGAAAAAGAUAUUGAACUGCAUCUGGAAAGUUCUUCACACCAAGAAACAUUAGAUCAUAUUCAGAAGCAAACGAAAUUUGAUAAAGUAGUUAUGGAGUUUUUACAUGAAUGUAUGGUGAAUAAAUUUAAAAAAGCAUCUAUUCGUAAGCAACAGACACUUAAUCACCCAGAAGCUUACAAAAUAAUUGAAAAAGAUGUUAUGGAAGGUGUUACUGCAGAUGACCAUAUGAUGAAAGUGGAGACUGUUCACUGUAGUGCUUGCAGUGUGUAUAUUCCUGCUUUACACAGUUCAGUUCAGCAGCACCUAAAAUCUCCUGACCAUGUCAAAGGGAAGCAAGCUUAUAAGGAACAAAUAAAAAGAGAAAGUGUGUUGACUGCCACAAGCAUUUUAAAUAAUCCAAUAGUGAAGGCACGAUAUGAGCGUUUUGUUAAGGGAGAGAAUCCUUUUGAAAGUCAAGAUCAUUCUCAGGAUCAGCAAAUAGAAGGUGAUGAAGAAGAUGAAGAAAAGAUUGAUGAACCUAUUGAAGAAGAGGAGGAUGAAGAGGAGGAGGAAGAGGCAGAGGAAGUAGGGGAAACGGAAGAAGUGGAGGAAGAAGUGGAAGAAGUAGAGGAAGGGGGAGAAGUUGGAGUAGAGGGAGAAGGGGAUGUAGAAGGAGGAGAGGAAACAGCUGCAGUAGGGGAUGAUGGGGCAGUGGGAGGAGGAGGAGGAGCAGGUGAAGUAGAGCCAGGGGAAGAAGAGGCAAAAGAGGAGUCUGUUGACUUACCUGUUGAGCAACCUGAUGAAAGUUAAAUAUAGGAUAUUAUUUAAAAGGAGCUUUACAUUUUUGUCCUAAUGUAGAAAAGGAUAAGAAUUUUAAUAGCUUAAGAUAUGAAUUGAUACCCAUGUUGCAUGUAUUCCACAUAUUAAAAUUCGUUUUAUAUAAUUUCUAAAUGUUUAGCACUUGUUUAAUAAAUGAAGGUAAGACUAUUUCAGUUUAGUUUUUAUAGAUACCAAACUUAGAUAUGGUAAAUUGUUUGUAUAAUUUUUAAGAUUAGUUUUUACUACCUUAUUGAUGUUAAAGAUAAUGGAUGUGUGUUGUUCCUAUAUCUGUUGUAAUCAUUUGAACUCAAAUGCUGCUCUUGGGAGUGAACCUUUAAGUGUGCAUUAAUUUUUUGAGUACUUGCCUUAAAAGAGAUAAAUUGGGCAAGUAUCUUGUGUUCUGAUUGUGUAUUUUUUUUACAUAGCAAUUAACCUUAAGAUGGCUUAAAGGCUUUUGUGUACACAGUUCCCUUUGUAGCAAUAAAAUGUUUU